AUGUCUGUAACUGAUGAAUCCUUAACUGUCGGUCUAGCUGUUGGUUUGCCUGCUGGCGUUUGUUUCCUACUAAUUGCCUUUUGGUGGUGGAAAUCAACCAAGAAAUUCUCUAGGGAAGAUUCCCAAUUAGAUAAAGAAAUCGAUAUUGGUGAAAUCGAUGGCGAAUUAUCCUUUGAAAAUUUAAAUAAAUCAACAAAUAACAACAACGACAAUAAUAACAAUAACCCUAUUAACAAUAAUAAUAUCAAAAUAAAAUCAAAAAAUAAAUCAAAAAAUAAAAUUAAUUCUACAAACAUUACCACUACCAUUACUACUAAUAACAAUAGCAACUCCAAUAAAUCUACCACCUCAUCUCCUAAUAAUAACAAUAAUGAAAAGUCAUCUCACAAUAACGAAAUUGUUUCAAUCCAUACAAACCCAUCACAAUCUUCCAUCUCUUCUCCUAAAUCAAAAUCAAAAAUUGAUAGAAGAAAGACAAAAUAUAGAAACUAUAGAACUUACCAAUCUGCUGAAACUUUGCAAAACUCUUACUCAAUCAAUAAAAAAACUGACUCAAUUAACAACAACGAUCAUCAAUUCUUGACCAAUAAAUCCUCCACUUCAAAUUCCCCAAUCUCUUCAUCAGACUACACCUCAAAUACCAUCACCAACAACACCAUCAACAAUAACAAAUCCUCCUCAAACUUAUCAAACAUAUCCGGCGGUACUUUAUUCCAAACCUAUUACGACUCAGUAAUCCCAAUAUUACCUCCGGAUUCUCUACCAAAUAAAUCAACCCUUUCUUUAAAUGAUAAUCUUCAUAAUACUUCAAAUACCUCAAAUACCCCAAUUGAAUCCCUGCCUAACUCAAAAUCAAAAUCAAAAUCAAAAUCUCUAUUAAAAUCAAAAUCGAUCAAAAACAAAAUCUCUCUAGACUCUCAAAAUAAUAAUAAUACCAAUAACAUAAAUGACACUGACCAAAUUAAUUCUUCAACUCUUGACGCUCAUAGAAAAUCAAUCUUUAGAUCUCGCUCCUUAAAGAAAAAAUUUAAAUCAAACGAUGAACUAAAUAAUAACGAUAUUAAUAAUGACAAUAGCAAGUCAAAUUCUGAAAAUAAUAACGAUUUAACCAAAUCCUCCCUUCCUGUCCCCAGACUGAACUCAAAAAAUAUUUCCUCAGACUCCCUAAUAAACUUAGACAAAUCUCAACAAGAAGAAUAUAUCAAAAAUCUACAUCGCUACUCAAAUUCUCCAUAUCCUUUCGACCAGGCUUUAGGCUCUCGUAACAACAGCUUUAUAGAAAGAAACAGAUCCCAUUCCGGCGGUAACCUCUUAGUUUUAGAUCAGCAACAGCAAAAGAAAAAAAAAUAUCCUCCUUUGCCUCCCCAUAACCCAAAAUCUUUCUCAAUCGAUAGCAAAUCAACCAAUAAUUCCUCAACCUUAUAUACCCCAACUUCAACUUCAAACUCCAAUUCUCGUCAAGUAAGCGUUUCAACCACUCUCAACACUAAUAAUAAUAAUAUUGUUAUUAAUAAUAAUAUUAAUAACAAUAUUAAUAAUAAAAACAAUAAAGGUACUAAAAAUAAAGACCAUCAGUUGAAUAACCAAAAAGGACCUGUUUUCUUUAUUGAAAAAGAUCACGACUUGAAAAAUAAUAACAAAAAUGAUAAUGUAUCCUUCUCAGACGAUGAUGGUCCUUUUAUAUCAACUGAUAAAUUAGAUGACGGUUAUAUCGCUGACUUAAAAGGCUCUUCUUCUUCUUCAAUUAAAAGAUCAAAUGCCCCAAAUAUCACAAAUAAUCAAAUUAAAGCUUUUCACGAGACAAAUUAUCAUCACGCAAAUAAAGAUAGCAUAGAUUAUGAAUCCUCAGCUUUAUCUGAUUUUUCUGUUUUAUCUUCUCCAAAGAUUAACAAUAGUAUAAAUAACAAUUAUCUUGAUUCAGAUAAUGACUCAAUUGAUAAAUCGCCAUUUGAAGAUGAAGCUGAAAUUUUAAAUCGUUCAUUAUAUUCUAAAAAAUCUAUAACUUUAAAAUUGAGCCCGGAAAGCUUAAACAAAGCAAGAUUUCUGGAUAUUUCAGAUAUAAAUGAAAUCGAUGAUAAAAAUAGUCCUUCAUACGAUAAUGAAUUUACAAAUUAUAAAGAAAAUCAUAGUGAUUUUAUUAAAAGUUUAAGACCAAAAUAA